CCAUCAACGACCAAACCAUGGUACCCACUUUCUCCACCGCUAAAUUUACAACUAAGCGGGGACCAAUGGUUGCGCACAAAGCACUUGAGACGGCUUUGGAUGUGCAACAUCACCCUAGAAUGAUGUGAUUAACAAUGCCAUGAAAGUAUGAACGCUGAACCGAGGCGAGGCAAAGGGAUUGUUAUAAAAAGGUUGAGGGGACAGCGGCUCGAGAUGUCCAAGGCCGCGUCAAUCUAGCGGGAACAAAGACGACAAACCAGACACCAUGUCGAAAGUUGAGACAUAUCUGGAGGAGAAGAGGCAGCUGGGUGGGACUCUAUCAGGUACAGACAGUCUAGAAGAUGAUUUGGAUAGGGAUGAGGUCUACCCACUUAAGGAACAGAGAAGAAUCUUGCACAAGAUCGAUCGAAGACUAGUCACGGGCUUAGGGCUUCUCAUGUGUGUUAGUUUGGUGGAUCGGACCAACUUGGGAAAUGCUAUGAUUGCUGGCAUGGAAGAGGAGCUUCAUCUCUAUAUUGGUUCUCGCUACUCCAUCACGCUCCUGACCUUUUUCAUUCCCUAUGUCCUAUUUCAGUUCCCGCUUAUUACGGUAAUUCGAAAGGUUGGGCCGAAGAUCUUCCUUUCUGGAAUCACAUUUUCCUGGGGAAUUGUUAUGAUGGGAUUUGGAUUUAUACAUAACUGGACGGUGCUGGUUGGGCUUCGCAUAGUCUUGGGGUUCCUUGAAGCUGGGCUCUUUCCUGGCUCAGUGUAUCUCCUUUCUAUGUGGUAUACCCGAUAUGACUUACACAAGAGAUAUUCAUCCUUCUAUUUGAUUAGCGUCAUUGGGGGAGCUUUCUCCGGAAUCCUCUCGUAUGGCUUCAUACACAUAAAUGGCCUAGGUAAUUUGAGUGCAUGGAGAUGGAUCUUUGUUAUGGAAGGGAUCCUCACCUGUCUCGUCGGAGCGGUCGGCUUCUUUUUGAUUGUCAAUUUCCCUAACGAGAAUAAUCUCUCCUGGAAGUUUCUUUCUAAAGAAGAAACCGCAUUCGUCGUCCGACGACUAAACCGAGAUAGGCGCGACUCCUCCGAAGCCGCGUUCAAUCUAAAGGAAUUUCUAAAACCCGCUCUAGACCUUAAAGUAUGGGGCUUUGCCCUCAUUUUCUUUUCUGCCACAGUUGUGUCGUAUGCGAUUACGUUCUUCCUUCCGCUCAUUCUCCGAAGUGAGCUCAAAUUUCCCCAAGCAGCAUCACAAGUCCUCACAACGCCACCAUACUUCUUCGCCGGCAUCUUCAUGUAUGCUCAGGGCUGGCUUGGUGACAAAUACCACAUCCGCGCUCCAUUGAUUGUCUACAACUGUAUUCAAUGCAUCGUGGGUUUAGCCAUUCUCGGCUGGGUCCAAAUCCCUGGCGUGCAGUACUUCGGGAUAUUUCUCGUCACUUCAGCAUCCAAUGCUACCAUCCCAGCCGCACUGACAUAUCAGGCAAACAACAUUCGUGGGCAGUGGAAACGCGCCUUUUGCAGCGCGAGUAUAGUCAGCUUUGGCGGUACUGGUGGUGUAGCUGGGUCCCUGGUGUUUCGGUCGCAAGAUUCUCCCCGCUACCUCCCCGGCAUAUAUGCCUGUAUUGCGUGCAAUAUCUUGUCAAUAGUGGUAGUGGGUGUGCUCAGCCUUUAUUUCUACAUCUCGAACAGACGAGCAGCAAAGGGCAAAUGUGUCAUUGAAGGACUCCCAGAGUUCCGAUAUACACUUUAAGGUGACAUGAGAAUUCUUUUACCUCUAGGAGGGUGCCAUAGUCCUUGGCAAUGAAUGGAAUAUGAUAUGGACACUUAGAUACGCCUUUUGAAUUGACGAAAAUUAACCAAAUAAAAACCCGAGUUUACUAUUGACUCAAUUGUAAGGACGCUACUGAAGGUAGAACACUAUUC